AUGAAACGACAUACGCCAACUCUGUAUACGCAUCCCGAACACGACGCGGACUCCGGACUCGACGGAAGCUGGUCCUCAGCGUCGUCCAGACUCCCUUCCUCUUUGCAUUCUACCGGCUCCAAAGGUCGGUCCAAAAUCAAACAAAGAAGCGCCUUCGCCCCCGGUCCAAAUGUUCCUCUUGUGACCUCACUGGCUUCGUCUUCAUCCGUGCCAGAGAGACCGAGCUACCCUAACGUCUAUAAUCAGUUCCUGCGACGCUACAGAUCUGGUCGUGGGGUGGACGACGAUCCUCGCAAUGAGCCAGAUAGCCACUUCUAUCAGCGAGGUCUAGGACAGCUCCUCGAUAUUGCGGAUAGCGAUGACGAAGAACUCCGAGGUACUGCUGUAGGCGCAAGUGGUGAGGUUCAUGACCGCUUGUCUAGUCUUAUGCUUGAUGCCGAACCAAUUGAACCGGAAACACUGGAGGACAGGGAGCGCUUGGAAUGGCAGACAAUGCUUGCCUCUGUGCUGGCAGGGGACGUCCUCAAGGCUGAAAAUACGCGCAUCGCAGUCGCGUUGAAGUCUUCGCUGGAAGAGGAGAACAAUGUGCGGUCAAAUAUCUGGUUAGGUAUUAGGGCGCGAUUACAAGGCACGACAGAAGAGGAGGAACGCAAGAGACUGGAAGAACGGAGGUUACGCAUCGGCGAUGCCAUUCUCAAGGAAGUUCUCAAUUUCCGAGUAACUGACCUUCCGUCCGACUCAACUGAAUCACUCGCCACUCAUGCACUGCGGGAAGUUAGCGCGUUGCUCCGUCGACUUGACGUUGCUCAUUCAUUGUAUUCGAGCUUGCGCAGCUUCUAUUCGGACUACCCCGCCGCACUAGAUGACGACUUCCAAUUGCGUUGUGAUACCCUCAAUACCUGGUCUACCGUCCUGACAUCUCUUCGCCAACUACUUUACCUCCUGCGUAGGUGGACCGGCAGCGAAGCGCUUGACGUCACGCAACCGACCUCAAAUCCUGAUAACCCCUUUCCCAGUCGCGCUCCCGUUGACACUUCUAACGGGACGACGUUCGUUGACCGACUGCUCAAGGAGGAAUCUGUCCAGCGGCAAUUUGAGAAGGGUUCGAUGACUACCAUUCAUGCUCUUGUCGGCACUACUCGCGAUGCCCAUGUUAACCUUGCUCCAAUGUUCCAAAAGAUGAACCUCCCUCCAUUUGAGCAGGAGCUAGUCCCUCUCGUUUCUUUCCUGACAAACCUUGCCCAAGCGGUCUUGCGCGUACGCCUGGAUUAUGCCCAGAAGUUGAAGAACCCGGAUAUCCUGAUCAUUGAUCAGUUAACAGAAGACCUGAAGGUAAAGAUGGGUUUUGCGUGCACUCUGAAGAGACAAUACGAGGCGUUUUUGAUACCCGACCCCGGCGGAAACUGGAAUUUACCUCCAUGCAUUAGCGAAGACUAUGAUACUGUUAUUCUCGACACUUUGACUUACUUCUUCAAGUUAAUUCACUGGAAACUUAAAAGUGGCGCGAAGGGUAUUCACUCCAAAGAGACAGAUGUCAUUGAGGCUCAGUGGGUGACGUUCAGCGAUGUCAGUUUAAGCAUUCCCGGAGGGGCGUCUCUUGUCGCUGAACAGUUGUGUGCGCUGACCAACAAACUCAUGGUCCGGGUUACUAGCUAUUUUGAUACGCAAAUUCGUAUUCCGACCAUGAAUGAGUCGCCCCAGUCGUCAUUGCCGGAUGGGAGGCCUUUUAAUAGCGCCGACACAAGUACUCUCCAGACGCAGUUGAAGCCAGGGUCAUCAUCAAGCAAGAGCAUGACUGACGAACAAGUGGUCGGCUGGUAUGCCAAGGUUCUGGAUGGCAUCAAGCAAAGGUAUCGGAAGCUUCACCGACUGGCGCGUGUCCUCAGUCAACGAUUUAGCAACUCUGCUGAGUAUGACCUUGAGGACGUCCCUCUCGAUGUCUUCUUAGCCGCUCUGAUAGAGACGGAUCAUUUCAUUAUUCUCACUCAAACCUUCGAGGAAGAAGGGACCUACAUCAUCGCACCUCCCGCACUGAUGAAUCAUCCGGAUAUCAUUCGUCGGAUGCUCCUGGAAGCCUUCCAGAUAAACGAGCUGGAUGAAGGGAGCUGGUUGAUGGAAACUGGUGAAGUCGACGAAGAUGUGCACGAGGAAACACCGUACCUCUUGGUGUUAUCUCCUCGCACCCGUUUCGUGUGGACUGGUGUCGUCUUCAUGUUCCAGAUCCCCAAAUUCGACCUUGAUUUGAAGGAUAAUCGGAUUCGUCUCAUCACAGAAGGGCCGCAGCACCGCUUGACCUCUGCAAAGCGACAAUUUUUGGACCUCUUCACCGCCGUUGACGAAGAGGGAGAACCAAUCGAGCCACCGGUGGUGCCCUUGACGUGUCUGGUCGAACAGCAAGCACACUUGCCCCUGGUUAACCGCGAGCUGCGCAAGAUCAGCCGUGCCAGCCAUCGGCUCGCGGAAUCCAUCGUCGACUCUGUGCAUCAUGUUCGGGACUCCUUGCGGGAUACCACUGGUUACCAGGAACUGUUGGAGAACUGGUACAGUUUCGCGUCGGAACAUGGAACACACUCAGAGAAGUUUAUGGAGGGCGCGACACUGCGGAAGUUCAACAGGAUGUUGAUCAAACUGGCCAUCUCCUGGGUAUCGUUCAUCUGUGACGACUGUGAUCCGAACGACCGUAGGACGUUCAGAUGGGCGGUCACUGCCCUUGAGUUCACACUCCAUCGGACGAAGCGGAAUAAUAUUCUAAAUUUACCCGAUGACCAGUUUGAGAUGUUGAGGCAAAAGGUUGCUAGCUGUAUGACACUCUUGAUCAGCCAUUUUGAUAUCUUGGGGGCGCGGUCGACACUCGAGGCGAAGAAAGAGAAGGAGCGGCAAGAGGAGAUGCUCCGUCAGCAGUCGGUCCCCGCCGACAGGACCGAUAAUACGGACGACCUAUAUGGCGACGCUCCGGCAGAUCUGGAGGAUAUAUCCACCGCAUAUACUGAUCCCACCGUUCGUCUAUACUGGGAGAAGGCAACACGCGCUAUCCAGGAGGUCGAGGUCCAGCGGUCGCGUAUAGGCAUGGAACGACAUGUCGUCGGUCGAGUUUUGGAUGAAGGGAAGCUUGUGGAUCGCUCGUUGGUGUUUCUCGCCGGUUCAAGUGCGAAUGUCUCCAUACGGUGGCAGCAAGGACGCUUCAUUGGUGCAGGAUCUUUUGGUUCAGUAUACGUCGCCGUCAAUCUGGAUACUGGGUCUCUUAUGGCUGUCAAGGAAAUCAGGUUUCAAGAGAUUGCAGGUCUUUCUAACUUAUAUUCACAAAUCAAAGACGAAUUGAGCGUCAUGGAAAUGCUCCACCACCCUAACGUCGUCGAGUACUAUGGCAUCGAAGUGCAUCGAGACAAAGUUUACAUUUUCGAAGAAUACUGCCAAGGAGGCAGUCUCGCAGACUUACUGGAACAUGGUCGAAUAGAGGACGAGGGGAUCAUCCAGAUAUACACGUUGCAGAUGGUGGAAGGUCUAGCCUACUUGCACUCUCAGAACGUGGUUCAUCGCGACAUCAAGCCGGACAACAUCUUGCUCGACCACAUGGGUGUUAUUAAGUUUGUUGAUUUCGGUGCUGCGAAAAUCCUUGCCAAGAAUCAGCGCUCAAUUCAGCGUUCGCGUCGAGUUUCUGAUGCGCCGUCUAAUUUACCGGAAGGAGGCUUCGGGAUGAAUAACAGUCUCACUGGAACACCAAUGUACAUGUCGCCCGAAGUCAUCAGAAACAGCUCGCACGGCCGGCAAGGUGCCAUGGACAUCUGGUCGUUGGGAUGUGUUGUGCUCGAAUGCGCUACAGGAAAGAAACCUUGGAGUAAUCUUGACAAUGAAUGGGCUAUCAUGUUCCACAUUGGAGUUGCAACACAACAUCCGCCGCUACCAGAUCCAAGCCAGCUCAGCGAGAUGGGCAUAGACUUCAUUCGUCAAUGCCUGACCAUUGACCCCAUGCGGCGGCCGACGGCCGUUGAAUUGAUGAACCAUCCGUGGAUGCUCGAUUUCCGCGUAUUUCUCAGCGAAGCGGAGGAAGCUGAGCUUGCAACCAACCCACCGUUGGAGAUGCCCCCGCAGGAAAAGUUUGUAUCGGCGAGUGUCGCUCGACAGGCGGCCAUCAUACAAGAAAAGGAGGUGGAGACAAUCGCUUUCCCUUCCCCCAGCAUGUCGCCCGUGGAGACCCCGACCGAUUCCACCGACCUCGACCAACUACUAGACGUCGAUACCAGUAUUGACAGUCCAAAACAGUAA